AUGUCGGUCUACGAGAAGACGCUGAUCCCGCCCUUGAACUUCUCGAUGGUCGACUCGGGCGUGUACCGGUCCGGCUUCCCGAACAAGAAGAACCACGCGUUCCUGCAGCAGCUCGGGCUGCGCUCGGUGCUGUACCUCUGCCACCAGGAGCACCGCCCCGAGAACCUCGUCUUCUUUGAGGAAAAUGGCAUCCAAGUGUUUCAGUGCCCGAUUGACGGCAACAAGGAGCCCUUUCUUGGCAUCGACCCCGACUCGAUGAACACGGCGCUGACGCACUUGCUCGAUGCCCGGAACCACCCGAUCCUCGUGCAGUGCACCAAGGGCACGCAUCGCACGGGCUGCGUCAUCGGCUGCCUCCGCAAGAUCCAGCAUUGGUCGCUCACGUCCAUUAUCGACGAGUACUGCCGCUUUGCCGGGCCGCGCAUGCGCCUCCUCGACCAGCAGUUCAUCGAGUUCUUCUCGCCCGUGAUCGAGUACGACGAGACGUACGCGCCUCGGUGGCUCUACUAA